UGGUGAAUAUAUUAAUCCUUUCUAAAAAUAGAUCGAGAAAAGAGGAAAUCAAUUUGAAAAAAAAAAACCAUUCGUCGCCUCAAAUUCAGUUCAAUUUUGACUUUCUUAACAUCUAUAUAAACCAAGUUCUCCUAGAAAGCAUAUACAGAAGAAAAAAACCUCAAAAAAACAAAAAAAUAAUAUUAACAAUAAGAAUAAAUAUUUUCUUGUUUAUAUUAAGUAUCUCCAAGGAAAAAAUGGGAAGAAUCUCAUUAGCAGUAUGUUUAGUGUUACUUGUUGCAUUAAGCAAUGUAUAUGAAACACAAGCUCAAGCUCAAGCUCAAGCUCAAGCUCAAGGGAAGACAUUCUCCGUACUCGAUUAUUUGGCUCUCUUUCCCAAAACGGGCAAAGAGUUUGCGCCUUACGCUUCCAAAGGUUUACUAGAUUUCGUAGGUGCCUUGGAGGGUAAGUCUCCCACGACCGUAGAGUUCAAGAACUUCUUCACAAAUCUGAAAGGUUACAUAACGAGUUGCUUUCAACCGGCACCACCCGGAUCAGUCAAAUCUGACCAGCUCUUCACGGCUAUUUCUGCAUUGAAGGGUUCCCAAACCGGAACAUCAUUUGAUUCAUGGAGGUUGAUAGAGGCCUUGGUUUCAAUGGAGAAGCUUUCUACUGAGAUGAAGACAAGCACUUCAAAUGUAAUGCCUGAUCCACAAUGGGAUAGGUUGUCCGGGUCUAUGUUCGAAUGGGUCGGAAGGAUUGGUCUAUUUGUGAAGGCGGUCUCCGAGAUAAAUGGCAAACAAAUCGAGCUAAAACAAUUUGAUAUUGAUUAUACCGACCCUACAUAUGCAUCUCUUUCUAAGCAAUCUAGCGUUCGUCAAUCAACAUCACCGUUCUCGUUACCUUUCUAUUUACGAAACAUUCCCAAAACGGGCAAAGAUGUUGAGCCAUUCGCUUACACAGGCAUGCAAACCUUCUUACUUGACCUAGAAACUAGGUGUCUUGCAAACAAAGAUUUCAAGGAGUUCUUUGUUAAGCUGAAUGACUACAUGGCCAGCUUCAAGACUGUAUCACCUGAUACGUAUUCAAUAGAGAGCGAUAAUAUUUCAACUCAAGCUAUGCACCUAUUCUUAGCUUUGUCUCCAUUGGAUGGUACCCAAGUUGGAAAAUCAGAUCCGUGGAAGCUGGUUGAUGGGUUGGUGACAAUGGGAGAUGCUUUGGUUGAGAUAAAGAAGAGUGGUCCGGGUGCGAUAACGUUUGAACAAAGUAAGGAACUGACAUCGGCCAUGGUGAAAUGGGGUCGAGCAGUAGGUGAAUUCGUGAAGGCAGCUUCUGCUAAGAAAGGAGUAACUAUGGAUAUAUCAUUUGAAAACUAUGCCAGCUCUAAUGCUUCUCCUACUAAAGCAGCAGCUGGAAACGGUGGAAAUGUCCCCACAGGACAAUCAGCAAAGACUAAAGCUUAGUGUACUUCUUCAAGCAAGACGAUUGAGAUUUUUCAUUUUUUUUCUUUCUUAUUUUUAUUAUUCAAACAAGAAAAAUUUGCAGAAUGUGAGAGAUGAUUUGAAUAAAAUAUAUGUUUCAAACAUCUCGUCCUAAAAUGUAUUAGGAUAUGAUUAUAAAUUUUGUAAAUUACAUCAUUAUAAACUACAUUUCAACAAUUGUUAUUUUUCCAAGUGAGCUGUUUCUUGAUUUAUGGUUGGGAAUUAGCUUGGCCAAAAAUCCAGAAACUGAGAUCCAAACCGAAAUUUUUGAAUCCAAAUCCGAUCCAAAGUGUAAGAAUAUUUAAAUAGAUUCAUUAUUUCUACUAGUAAUUUACCUGUUUAGCGGGUACCAUCUCAGUUUUUGUUAUUGAUCCAAACAAGUAGAAAUAAUGAAAUAUACUAGUGAACUCCUAACUAAAUAUUGUAUGAUACGGUACAUUAUAACACCAAAGGUUUCGUGGUGUAGUUGGUUAUCACGUCAGUCUAACACACUGAAGGUCUCCGGUUCGAACCCGGGCGAAGCCAUAAUCGUUUUUAUUUACUCUAUUAAUUGUGAAUCAAUGAUUUGUUUAUUCACUAAACGUUCUCAUUUCUUCCCUCUGUUAGAUAUAGUUUUCACGGACUCUCAGUUAGGUCGUUUACUUUCUUUAUGCGUCUUUGUUCAGUCAUGAUCUCAGCAGGUGAUCACCAGUCUUUGCAAACGGGACAGCAAAAUGUGUCGGCAAAUUCACUUGAAUGGUAAUUACAUCCGCAACUUAGUAGAGCAUAGACCGAUUCAUAGUAGACGAUGUAAGGAAACUGUUAAGUCUAGUAAGAUCAUUUUACUCUAAGAACAGUCAUAUUUUGAUUCCUGUUUCAUCAUCUCAUGUAGUCUGGUAUUGUCAUUGUCUCAUACGUUCACUGAUGUUGAUACCGGAUUUGUCACACAAUCCUUCCCACCAACAGAACAAGUUGAUUAAUGGUUCGGCAAAUCUUGGUUUAGAAGAAACGGUGUGACGUUUGGACCGACUUAAGAUCGAAGUGGUUAAAAGACUUGUUCAGAGAUUAUUGAAUGAAUCAAGAUCAUUAUAUUUAACUAAAAGAUAUACACAUUCCAAGAAUUAAGGAAGUCAAAGCUAAAAUAAAGGAACACGUGCAACAUCAUACCGAGUUCGACGGUGGCGAGCUCCUCU